AAACCUUUACCAGGAAAUGGAGUUGUGAUGUCAACAGAUGCAUUGAGCUGUCGACAUGGAACUUCCAGUCUUUUUAAUUACAAGACGUUGUUUUUGUGGUUAAAUGCACUGGUUUGAGAAUGCAAGGUGUUAACCAUAAAGUUGUGUUGCUGUCCUUUUUGCUGUUAUUUGUUAAUCCGUGCGCGCCAGAGCGAGCCGAGAGGGAAAAUUCGUUGGACCUGCAUGAGAGAGACGACGACGGAGGGGAUGUGCACCAUGCCCAAGUUGAAAACCAGCAAACAUUAGCAAAAAAUACAAAAGAAGAUGGACACGAUUCAAUCGGCCCACAGAAGGAUGGACAGUCUGUCAGCAAGUCCAAUGACACCGAUAACUACGGCAACGAGACCCUCCACUCUACAACACCUGCUGUGAAGCCAACGACCCUGGCACCCCCAACCGCCAAGCCCAUUCUGCCUGUACAGACAGGGGUCAAGGCCCAGGAAGAAGAGCAGUCUAGCGGGUUGACCAUAUUCUUCAGCCUGCUGGUUAUUGGUAUCUGCAUCAUAUUGGUGCACCUGCUUAUCAAGUUCAAACUGCAUUUUCUCCCAGAGAGUGUGGCUGUCGUGUCCCUUGGAAUUCUAAUGGGAGGCUUCAUUAAGAUCAUUGAGUUCCAGGAACUGGCCAACUGGAAGGAGGAGGAAAUGUUCCGACCCAACAUGUUCUUCCUUUUGCUCCUGCCUCCCAUCAUCUUUGAAUCUGGAUACUCUCUACAUAAGGGUAACUUCUUCCAGAACAUUGGCUCCAUUACUCUCUUUGCUGUGAUCGGCACAACUAUCUCUGCCUUCAUAGUCGGAGGAGGUAUCUAUUUCCUUGGGCAGGCUGAUGUAAUUUAUAAGAUGUCUAUGACUGAUAGCUUUGCCUUUGGCUCACUGAUCUCCGCUGUAGACCCUGUAGCUACCAUCGCCAUCUUUAACGCCCUCAACGUGGACCCGGUCCUCAACAUGCUGGUGUUCGGUGAGAGCAUCCUUAACGACGCCGUCUCCAUUGUCCUCACAAACACAGCGGAGGGCUUUUCCCGCUCAGACAACUCCACGGUAACAGGCUGGGAGACGUUUUGGCAAGCAAUGGGUUAUUUCCUUAAAAUGUUUUUUGGUUCUGCUGCUCUGGGAACCCUCACUGGACUCAUCUCGGCUCUUUUUCUAAAACACUUUGAUCUGAGGAAGACUCCUUCACUGGAGUUUGGCAUGAUGAUCAUCUUUGCAUACCUGCCCUACGGCCUGGCAGAAGGCAUCAAACUGUCUGGAAUAAUGUCCAUCCUGUUUGCGGGAAUUGUGAUGUCGCACUACACCCAUCACAACUUGUCUCCUGUCACCCAGAUCCUCAUGCAGCAGACAUUGCGCACAAUGGCCUUCAUGUGUGAGACAUGUGUGUUUGCCUUCCUUGGUCUCUCCAUCUUCAGCUUCCCUCAUAAGUUUGAAUUAUCUUUCGUCAUCUGGUGCAUAGUCCUGGUUCUUCUCGGCCGUGCAGUAAACAUCUUCCCUCUGACAUUCCUGCUGAACUUUUUCAGAGACCACAAGAUCACACCCAAAAUGAUGUUCAUCAUGUGGUUUAGUGGUUUGCGAGGUGCUAUACCCUACGCGUUGAGCCUUCAUCUGGGCCUGGAGCCCAUUGAGAAACGUCAGCUAAUUGGUACCACCACCAUCAUCAUCGUUCUCUUUACCAUCCUCCUCAUGGGGGGCGGGACCAUGCCACUCAUUCGCAUCAUGGACAUUGAGGAAAGCCAGUCGAGGCGUAAGAGCAAGAAAGACAUCAAUCUCAGCAAGACAGAGAAAAUGGGUAAUACCAUUGAGUCAGAGCACCUAUCAGAACUAACAGAGGAGGAGUACGAGGCUCAUAUCUACCAGAGACAAGAUCUGAAGGGCUUUAUGUGGCUUGAUGCUAAAUACCUUAACCCCUUCUUCACUCGCAGGCUCACCCAAGAGGACUUGUUACAUGGCCGAAUCCAAAUGAAGACCCUGACCAACAAGUGGUACGAAGAAGUUCGCCAGGGACCCUCAGGCUCUGAGGAUGAUGAUGAUGAAGCAGAACUUCUGUGAACUGAACAAACACUUUGUGUGUAAGCCCUCUUUUCAGUGUCAGUCACGUGCACUUCUUGUUUGUUCACCUGCCACCAACUUUAUGUGACAAAGUCUCAGUCAGUGCCCACAGAGCAUUUUUAGUACACAAAGUGGGCUGGCAUGUGUCAAAAUACAGU